AUGUCUGGUAGCGCACCAAAAAGUAUCGGGGGCGAGUAUGGUGCCAUGCGCGCCAAUGUUGACAUCCAGAAGCUUAAUGCGUACCUGAAAUUACAUGUACCGGUUGUCGCUGCUCCCGUAGAGGUACAGCAGUUUAAGUUUGGACAGUCUAAUCCCACAUACUUCCUGACCGACGCAAGCGCCAAGCGAUUUGUGUUGCGCAAAAAGCCAGCGGGCCAGUUGUUGUCCUCAACUGCUCACCAAAUUGAGCGCGAGUACCGCAUACUGAGUGCAUUGCAUCGAUACAACGUCAGCCCGACCACAAAGCCAGAGCAGAUAGUCCCUGUCCCGCAACCUUUUGUCCUGUGUGAGGACAAUAGCAUUAUUGGCACUCCUUUCUAUAUCAUGGAGUACCUCGAAGGGCGAAUAUUCGCGGACUCUAGGGUGCUGGAACUGCCGCAGCUGGAUCGAAGAGAAUGCUGGCUCUCAGCUGUCCGCUCAUUGGCAGCAUUGGCCUCUCUCGACCCAUUCCAAUUAGGUCUCGAGAAUUUUGGUCCCACGACUGAUUACUUCCCCCGUCAAAUCAAAUCCUUUACACGUGUAUCGGUUGCUCAGUCUCAGGCUAUCGAUAUCGAGACAAGCAAAGCGACAGGAAAUGUUCCGUAUUUUGAAGAAAUGAUCAGUUGGUACCAGAGGCACCUCCCAGACGAGAGGAAAACUGGGCUGCGGAUUGUCCAUGGAGAUUACAAGCUUGAUAACAUGAUAUUUCAUCCAACAGAAAACCGGGUAAUUGGCAUACUGGACUGGGAGUUGUGUACCCUGGGUAGUCCACUCGCUGACCUCGCAAACCUUACCCAACCAUGGGCAAUCGACGCUCGCCAUAUACCUAAGGAUUCCAUACUCACUCAAUUCACGAUCAUCAAGCCGUUCAAGAAUGCUACGAACAAUGUUCCUAUACCCUUGGAAGACCUUGAGCGCGAGUACUGUAGGCUGACCAACCAGCCAUAUCCCAUUAAGGAGAUGGUCUUUGUCCGUAGUUGGAUGCUCUUCCGGCUUGCCAUAAUCGUGCAAGGUAUUGCUGCCAGAUAUGCGCGGCGGCAGGCAAGCUCGGAAAAAGCUUUCAUUUACCCACAAUUAUUUCCUUUAGUUGGUCAAUUGGCAAAGUCGAUCUUAGAAGACGACGGAUUCACUAUUGACGUAAAACCGAAACUAUAGUAUUGCUCGUCUAAGUCCGUGUUAUAUAUAACCUAUGUACGUUCUAUAUCUACACAUAUGACAGCUUCAUCGUCUGGCUUACUGCAAGCCUGGAUAGAGGCCAUCCAAGUACCUUAUCAAAUCGGACACAGCCGGUCGCCUCCCCUCAUCUUCCCAGCAGGCCUUCAGCAUUGACCAUGUCUCACUAUGUACUCGAGGGUAAAGAUGCCUGUUGGGUAUUCCCCUUUGACAGAUACAAUAGAUUAGCUCGCCAUCCCCCGUCUUAUCGGCGUACGGCACAAUGCCAGAUAAAAUCUAGUAACACACUCAGUAUCUGCAAU